GUGUUUUCAUUUGUUGUAGCCUUGGGUCCAGGUUUCUGGUGUACCAUAUUUGCUAAAGACACCAAGGCUAGGUAGACCUAGCUGAUCCUGGCUAAGGUAUUGCAUAGCUAACAAUUUCCAUGUGGUGAGAAAAUGUGUAGGUUUUUCUGAGCCAACCCCUCUGCAGAGGGGUGAGAAUACAUAUGGAAGUGGCUUGAGAGCGGUAUUCUAUGGGUAGUGACAGUAGAAUGAACUACAAAGGAACAUCAUCCUUGGCAUCUGUGGUACCAGAAGGGGAUUUGUGAAUGGCUUGCUGCCUUUGUGCAGCUGCAUGGCAACUAAAUGACCAGAGUGAUGUCAAGAACAGUAGUUCUUCCAGGGGCCUGUGACAUCAGCACUGCUGAUACAUUUGUCUCACAUGGGUACAUAUUGAUGAUUCUUCUCUGGGACCCCCAGUAGAUGAGCUCAGUUCAAGAACCAUAGCAGUUUCAAGAAAUUGCCUCUUUCAAAAUUGUGUAUCGACAUGGACACUAAUGAUGACCCUGAUGAAGACCAUCUUACAAGUUAUGAUAUUCAGCUCAGUAUCCAAGAAUCCAUUGAAGCCAGCAAGACUGUAUUUUAUCCUGAAAGAUUUGUACCCCUAAGUGAUCAAAACAGAAAACUUGUGGAGGCCAUAAGACGAGGUCACAUUCUUGAGCUCCAGGAGUAUGUGAAAUAUAAAUUUGCAUUGGAUGAAGCUGAUGAUAAAGGAUGGUUUCCGUUGCAUGAAGCUGUUGUUCAACCCAUUCAACAAAUACUUGAGAUUGUUCUGGAUGCAUCCUAUAAGACACUCUGGGAAUUCAAGACCUGUGAUGGAGAAACACCCUUGACUUUGGCAGUCAAAGCUGGUCUGGUGGAAAAUGUAAGAACUUUACUGGAAAAGGGAGUGUGGCCCAAUACCAAAAAUGACAAAGGAGAGACACCCCUUCUCAUUGCUGUAAAGAAGGGCUCCUAUGACAUGGUGUCCACUCUGAUUAAACACAACCCCAGCCUUGACCAGCCGUGUGUCAAGCGAUGGUCGGCAAUGCACGAAGCAGCCAAGCAAGGCAGAAAAGACAUCAUAGCUCUGCUACUAAAACAUGGAGGCAACGUCCACCUGAGAGAUGGAUUUGGAGUCACACCGUUAGGAGUGGCUGCCGAGUACGGUCACUGUGAUGUGUUGGAACAUCUAAUCCACAAAGGUGGUGAUGUGUUUGCUUUGGCGGAUGAUGGGGCAUCAGUCCUGUUUGAGGCAGCAGGAGGUGGCAAUCCUGAUUGCAUCUCCCUCCUGCUGGAAUAUGGAGGAAGUGGCAACGUACCUAACAGGGCAGGGCAUCUUCCUAUACACCGAGCUGCCUACGAGGGACAUUAUCUUGUACUGAAAUAUCUUAUCCCAGUAACAUCCAAAAAUGCAAUUCAGAAAAGUGGGCUAACACCAAUUCACUCAGCAGCAGAUGGACAAAAUGUACAGUGCCUAGAACUGCUCAUUGAAAAUGGUUUUGACGUCAAUACCCUCCUUGCUGACCACAUUUCCCAGAACUAUGAUGAUGAGAGAAAGACUGCGCUAUAUUUUGCCGUUUCUAACAAUGAUAUCCGUUGCACGGAAGUCCUUCUGGCAGCAGGUGCAGAUCCAAACCUAGAUCCCCUCAACUGCCUACUUGUGGCAGUGAGGGCCAAUAAUCAUGAAAUCGUCCGACUGCUUCUCUCCCAUGGAGCUAAUGUCAACUGUUACUUUAUGCAUGUGAACGACACGCGUUUCCCCAGUGUCAUUCAGUAUGCCCUAAAUGACGAGGUAAUGCUGAGGCUAUUGCUGAAUAAUGGCUACCAAGUGGAGAUGUGCUUUGAAUGCAUGCAUGGGGACAUCUUUGGAAAUUCCUUUGUGUGGUCAGAGAUAGAGGAAGAGGUACUGCCAGGAUGGACAUCUUGUGUAAUAAGAGAUAACCCGUUUUGUGAGUUUAUUACAGUUCCUUGGAUGAAGCACUUGGUAGGCAGUGUAAUUCGUAUAUUAAUAGAUUACAUGGAUUAUGUCCCUCUGUGCGCUAAACUGAAGUCUGCGCUAGAAGUACAGAGAGAAUGGCCAGAAAUCCGCCAAAUACUAGAGAAUCCUUGUUCAUUAAAGCAUUUGUGUCGGUUAAAAAUUCGAAGACUUAUGGGACUCCAAAGACUCUGCCAGCCAACCUUAAUGGAGAAGCUUCCUCUACCACCAGCUAUUCAAAGAUACAUAUUAUUUAAAGAGUAUGAUCUCUAUGGACAAGAGCUAAACUUGCCAUAACUUAAAAUUAAUAUUUUAAUAUGUGGUUUAAAAAUAUUUUAAAAUGUGAUUCCCUCAAAGUAUUUCUUAGAAUCAGUUGGCAUCCUUAAGUAUAUUUAAGUCCAUUGACAAUUUUAUAGGUGAAUCAAGUGUUCUAAUGUGAACAUCAUGAUUUACUUCUUUAGCCACUUCAGUACAGCGCUCACGGGCCUCGAAACCUUGCCUACAGCUGGCACUUACAGUCCCCACGAUAGUUUGUUCUGUGCAUUGAGGACAAAUCCAUUUUCCUCUUGUGUGAUGAGGAAAAAAGCUUUAAAGCACUGAAAGCUUGUCUUACUUUACAGGCAGCUUUACUUGUAAUGUA